UGAAUAACCUUACUCAUUUUCCAUAUAAGUGACGAGGCUUCACCUACUCUCUGCACUCACUCUCCUCCAUCGUUCUUUGCUUGCUUUUCGAAAUCCGAAAUGGCGUCUCUCUUGAAGGAAUUGCCCUCCAUGAGCACAAUCCUCUCUAUUUACGCAUCCAUAUCUGGUUUAUCCAUGCUAAUCCGCACCAUAUUGAAUGAAAUGAUUCCAGGGGGUAUGCGUGACUUGAUAGCUAAAAGCUUUUCAGAUUUCUUUGCUACCUACUUCUCCUCAGACUUCACCUUCAUCAUUGAAGACCGAUGGCAAGCUGUGGAGAAUGAAACCUUUCGAGCUGUUGAGGUCUAUCUUCCAACCAAAGUUGGCCCUUCCACUAAAAGCCUUCUCAUAGGCACCAAUGAUACCAACAACAUCUUUGCCCCACCUAAACCAGGGAUUCCUGUUGAUGUUAAAGUUGUUGAUUUUUUCCAAGGUAUGCGUUUUGAAUGGACUCUCUGUGAGAAAGAAGCAAAGAAGUAUUACCAUCGCCAAAAAAAAUUCUUCGAAUUGAAAUGCAAGAGUAAUUAUAGAGAACAGGUCAUGCAAAGCUACUUGCCAUACAUUAGCAAGACUGCAGCUGCAAUCUUGAACAACAGAGAGACCCUCAAUAUCUAUACUUAUGAUAAUGAGGAUUCUACGUGGGAAUCUACUGUGUUCAAGCAUCCAGCUACCUUUGACACUCUGGCAAUGGACCCUGACCUGAAGAAGUUCAUAAUUGAAGAUCUCGACUUGUUUGUGCAAAGAAAGGACUACUUUCAGAGUGUUGGUAGAGCUUGGAAAAGAGGGUACCUUCUCUACGGUCCACCAGGGACCGGAAAAUCCACCCUCGUCGCUGCCAUUGCAAACCAUCUUAGAUUCAACAUCUAUGAUCUUCAGCUUCAAGGUGUAAGAAACGACGCUCAACUGAGAAGGAUACUUACCUCCACCACCAAUCGUUCCAUUCUUCUCAUUGAGGACAUUGAUUGCAGUACAAAAUCUUCACGUUCUCGCGAUCGAAAUAAGAAUCCAAAAGAAGAUCAUGAUGAUGAUGAUGAUGAUGAUGAGGGGGGUGAUCAACUUGAUAAUAAGCUUUCUUUUGAUCCUGGGGUGACCUUAUCUGGUUUGUUGAACUUCAUUGAUGGGCUAUGGUCAAGCUGCGGGGAUGAAAGAAUAAUCAUUUUCACGACAAAUUACAAAGAGAAGUUGGACCCAGCAUUGUUGCGCCCGGGACGAAUGGAUGUUCAUAUUUACAUGGGCCAUUGUACUCCUGCAGCAUUCAGGAAGCUUGCCUUUACAUAUCUUGGAAUUAAAGAGCAUGUCCUUUUCAAAUGCAUAGAAGAUCUCAUUCAGAGUCCUGUUAUUACCCCAGCAGAAGUCGCACAACAUCUUAUGAAACGUGACGAGCCUCAAGUUGCUCUUCAAAGUCUCAUCGAGUUUAUCAGUAUGAAGGAAGCUGAAAUGGUAGAGAAAAAUGAGGCUAAAAAGGAUGAGCAAGAGGUUAUAAAAGAAGAAGUUGAGAAACAGGACGAGAAGCAAUCGAAGAUUCUAACAACGUCUGCUUACCUGACUUAGGUGGAUUGCUGGCUUCCAUAGGUCGUGAUCUCUCACUACCUAUUACUUCCAUAGCUUUUGUUGUGAUUGGAGACGUGUUAAAGGGUUUUUCAUGUUAAAUUUAGUAAAAAUAAUCUAUUCAAUUAAUCUACUAAAUGGUAAUAAAUUGAUUUCUCUCGA